UUUUUUAAACAGUCCGUACCUGGGUAAAUAAUUCAUGACGUCGGGUGUAAAUCCGCCUCAGCGGAUGUUGAUAGUCACCAGCAGGGUCGGAGCUAACGUCAAAGAACUUCAGUUACACAGCGGGCGGGCUGCGUCUCUCCCAACACCAGAGUGAAAGUUUGCAGGGGAGUUGUGAGGGGAGCUCUGUGUCCGACACCUUUCCCAAUACAGACAUCCGGCCAGUAUGUCCAGUGACCCCCCUCCUCCGUACCCCGGAGGUCCCAGUGCCCCUCUGAUUGAGGAGAAGAAUGGACAACCUGUAAGAACUGCUCCCCAACAGGGGCAGCCCUUGCCUCCAGAGUACGGUCCUCCACCCUAUGAGGCCCCGCAUCCAGGAUUCCUUCCUCCUCAUGUCCCUGGAGAAGGGCCCAUGCCCAUGCCAAUGCCUCAGCCACCGCCAGGUGGCCCAUACCCACCUCCGCCCGGUCACUUUCCUCACCCGAUGCCAGGUCAGAUGGGUCCCGGUCCCAGUCACUUUGUCCAUAUGGGGGGCCACACAGCGACCGUUCUGGCUCCUCCAGGAGCAGCCACCACUGUGACCGUACUGCAGGGGGAAAUGUUCCAGACCUCACCGGUGCAGACUGUAUGUCCGCACUGUCAGCAGGCAAUCAUCACCCGCAUCUCCCACGAUGUCGGACUCAUGAACACACUCUUCUGCCUCUUCUGCUUCUUUGUAGGGUGUGACCUUGGCUGUUGCUUGAUUCCCUGCCUGAUCGAUGACCUCAAGGAUGUGACACACACCUGCCCUUACUGUAAGGGCUAUAUUUACACAUACAAGCGCAUAUGCUAACCACCGACAACCGUAUGCUAGAGAGAGACGUGUAAAUGCACACACAUAAACUCACAUCCCCUCCUGCUGGUAGUGACAGGCUUCCCCCAACCCCAUUUUUGCAAAGUGUCGUGUAGCCCCCUUAAAUUGUAAGUGCAGUUUUCUCAUUAGUUCACGGAAUAUUUAAUGUAUAUAUCUUUUAGCAUACUUGCAUAAACUUGCAUUGGAAAUGUACAAAUCUCAUCGAACUACGAAAGAAGUAGGUCACUGAAACAUCCACCGAGAUGGACAGGUCACAGGCACGUCAGUGGAAACCUGGAGACAAAAAGGCUUGUGAUGUUACACGUGUUCACUGAAAAAACAGCCAGCCUCAGUUGAGAAAGCUGUGAAAAUAGUCCUCUGUGAAUUAAGUGUACAGAAAUCAAAAACGUGCUGGGUUUGUCUUUUGUUUCUUAUUUAUUUCAAACAUUUUACCCAAUAUUUUAACAAGUUAAUAUUGAGAAUUGUGACAAUUUUUGUCCUUGGCUGAUGAUUAUGUUCUGACAAACCUCGUUUUUUUUUCCUUUUAUCAUUAUCCCUUUUUGAAUGUGAACCAACUAAGGAACCCGAGCUUGGUAAACUGAUGUAUUUGCUUGUUUGGGAAUGCUGAAAAUUGAUGUUCUUGCUGUAUUUGUUAAUCUUCUGGGCUUUGGUCAGAAGGCGUAAAAUGUUUACCGCCUUCCGUUGGCAAAGCCAGGAUCUGCACUUUAAGUUGGAAUUCAUAUUCCCCUUUCUGAUGCAUUCAGAACUGUCAACCUCAGUUAUCAUUAGUCUUUUAGAGAUUUUGGCUUUGAGAUAAAUGAAAAUGUGACUUACUGUGUCAUCUCAUGAGUCAAGACGAUGUAUAAUCUUGGUUUUACUUGGGUCUGUUGUUAACCGAGUGAAUCCCACAUUACAUGCAUUUAUUGUGAGUACAGUAGGGCUGGCAGACUGAGUGUCGCUGAUGGACACUCAUAACAUCUCAGUUACCUCGUGUCACUUUGAUGCACUUCUCCACCUUAGACGAUCUCCUCACCAGUACUGUUGGGUGACUGUUGCCGCCAUUUAGCUAGUUUAAAAUAGCCAGGUAUUUUGGCAAACAAAUUGCAGCGUUGACCCCGCAAUAACAAUACAAUAACACUGUUUAGCCGGUAACCCUCCUAACAUGGUGUAAGCCCCUAAUGCUCAGAUGCAUGUUAGAUAACAAAGAUGUCUUUCGACUAAUAUUAAAUAGUGGCCUCUCUGCUAGGAAUAAGCUUCAAAUAAAUGAUUGUAUCAGACAUCUUGCAAAACGACAUCGUGGUUACGACUAACUACGGAACAGCCAUUGUUCCGCCACAGCAUGCCCGAGACUGCCAUUCACUCACUAUAUGCAGAGUCGGUCUGCAUGAGCCACACAUCGAAUUAAAUAAUUCUCACUUGGCUAGUUCCUUGACUCUAUGUGCAUUUGAUUUUAUUUUUUUUUCUGUUAAGGCUAGCUAAGCUGUGCAGGAAAGUCAGUUUUGAAGGAUUGCAUUGAGUGAAGCACCGUAUGCAACUGUUGUGGAUAAUGCCGAUCUGCAUUGCUUUCUAAAUGUCUGUGAUAUGUAUAACUAUGUAAGUUAAAAUUUGUUUGACUGUUGUAUACAGGUACUAUUUUAUCAAUAAAAAUCAAUGAUUUAUUGAAACUUA